UGAGCUGUGGCGCUAAUGCUUCAGUCUACCUUAAAAACAGAGGAAGCGAUGCGUUGUUUCCUGCUCGCUGGCAAAUCAUGUGUACUGGCAAUAUGGCGGGACAGAGCUGUGCAAGGAGGCUGGAGUGUGGGAGAAACAUGCUCUGGCUCGCUGUUGUUUUCGUUAUUUUGACCGUACAGCUCCCUAAAGCCCGGGCUCAGGCCGAGAGCCGGGUGGUGCCGGUCGGGGACGCGAACUGGACCCUUAUUCUGGAGGGGGAGUGGAUGGUGAAAUUCUAUGCCCCAUGGUGUCCUGCAUGUCAGCACAUACAAGCAGACUGGGAGGCUUUAGCCAAACAGAGCGACAGCCUUGGGAUAUCAGUUGGAAAGGUUGAUGUUACACAACAACCAGGCCUGAGUGGGCGGUUUCUGGUUACCACACUACCCACUAUUUUUCAUGCUAAAGAUGGAAGUUUCCGAAGAUAUAUGUCGUCACGGACCAUUGAGGAUAUCCAAGCGUACGUCGUUCGAAAGAAGUGGGAAGCUGUGGAGCCUCUGCCAGGAUGGAAAUCUCCAUCAUCUAUUUUAAUGUCUGGCAUGGCGGGUCUCUUCCGGCUCUCUGUGUGGAUCAGGCAAAUCCACACGUACCUCACUGACAGUCUUGGCAUUCCCUCGUGGGGCUCUUACAUAAUCUUCGCCAUCAUCACGCUCUUCAUGGGACUAGUUCUCGGCCUGAUGCUGGUGUUGAUCGCUGACUGUAUUUGUCCAUCCAGGCCAAAGCGAAGUGAGGAGAAACCUGUUAUGUACGCGAAAGACGAAGGCUCUGAAGACGAGGCGGACGACACUGUGACCGAGGAGAAGCGCACAUCUGACCUGGAGAAUGAGAGUGAGCGGGUGUCUGGUGAAGAAUCUACAGAGGAGGAAGGAGGUCCCAUCACAGAGGUUGCAGCUAGCAGCACUGACCAGCCUCAGGCGGAGGGGACAACAGACAGCUCGCUGAGGAAGAGGAAACCUCAGGGGCCUAACAGUCCAGAGGGGACAUAACGUCUCAAUGCACACUAUCUUCUUUUAUCUUCUGUCCACAACACAGUUUAAACCAAAAUUUGGGAAAUUCUGCAGCUACAGGGCAAAGCAUAAUCCAUGCUGUAAGUGCAAAAUGCUUCUAUUCCUCUCUAUGCUCUAUGUUCAGUCUAUAUACAGUAUUGCCUAUAUUUUCUCCAGCCCGUCCCAGUCUCUCUCUCUCUCUCUCUCCCCCUCUCCCUCUCCCUCUCCCUCUCUCUCCAGGCUCCACUUAUGGAAUCUACAGUAUUGUUUUUGUGUAUUAGGAAAAUCUUGAACCUACUUGUAUUUGCAAACAGAAUUGGUUGCCAAGGAUUUUCACCAAGCAGGUGACUUAUAAGACUUUUUCUUUUUAAAAGAAAAAGAGUAUUUUUAAGAAUAACCAAAAGUCUGGUUAAACGUAUGUUGAAUGUUUCAGCUAAGUGGGAAAUCUUUGUUUACACCAUUGUUCUUUACAGUAAUGCCUCCAUCUUUCCAUUAUAACAAAUGACUUAUUGAAGCGCAUGCUUAACAACAUUCCAGAGACGACGACUGCAGCAGCAUGUAGAGUCACACCUAAAAAUGUGACUGACUGAAGGUGUCUAAUGUACGGUAUAUGGUGCUGAAGAUACUCUGAAUGUGUAGACAAUCAUUGUAAUACACACAGUGUCAGAGUGGUUUAAUAUAUGAAGGUCUCAGGAUAUACAUUUUCCAUUGUUUUAAUUGUUCCUUAUGUGCAGAAUAUUAGAAUAUAUAUAUGUUUUUUUUUCAGUUUACAAAGGGAGGUUCAGGCAGUUUCCUGUAGUUCCCUGUGAUCGAAAUCAAUGGACAUGUGCUAAAGCACUAAAACAUGCUGGGGAAAACAUGACAAAAUUACAGCAGUAGUAAUUACCAUAGUAAUAGACUGUAUGCAGUGUAAAGAGAUCACUUAGAAAAGUGAUGGAUAAGCCCUUUAAGGCUCUGGAGCCCUGACUAAAUAUUAACAACACACAGACAUGUUCUAGUGUUGACAUUUGGCUUUAUGCUCCUCUAGAAUAAGAACAGCUUAAAAGUUGAACCAGUCUAAAUGAGGUGAACUAUUCUAUAAUUAGAGAUGUCUAAUCUGAUUACCUUAAUGCUACUGUUGAUCAGUACCUUUCAAAUACUUUUUUUAACUGCUCAGUUUAUUAUAUUUACUUAAAACACAAUUGUAAAGAUUAUAUAAUAAAACAUUUUAAAUUAGUUGAUUUAAUUUGGUUUCAACCUUUGAUUUAAUGAAUGUUUUAAGGAUAUUUUACAGAAAAUACAUUUUAAAUAAUCCUUUGCACACCGUAUAAAUGCCACUCUUUUAUAGGUAGAAUGGAGAUUUAGAAUAGAAAGCCAAUUUCAGUCUGGUUUUCCCUGCUAAUUUAAAACAGUUAAAACAGUUUUGUUCAUUAUAUAAAAGCAUACAAUAGCAAAUAAUUAGGCAUUAAACAUUGUUAAACUAACUAACUAAUGAAAUACCAGCUGUAUCUAGUUCACACCACAGUAGUGUGAACCAUGUUGGUUUAAACCACUGGAGUCCAAACUACAAUCCAAUGUUUUAUCAUACAUUUUCGAAUGUAAUUUAUUUGUAUUUUGUAAAAUGUAUUUUUUAUUAAGGAGUCUCUUACAGAAAAGAAAAUUCAUGCAUUCAUGCAUUGUCAUAAGACACAAUGCGAAUGAGAAAUUAUCGCUGAACAGAAACUAAUUUAUUUCAUUAAUAUAUUUUACAUUUAUUACUUUUCCAUAUGGAUUAAGAUCUACAUGUUCAAAACUCUUGACCAUUCUAAAUGGUCAUACAGCAAAAUCAAUGUACAUUUUUUAGUUUAAUGACAUUUAUGACCACUCUCUCUUCACUAAGUCUUCCAAUAUUAGUGACUUAGUCUUCUAACCACAGGUCCACAGCUUUCUUGUUAACCACACAGCUUAACGUCUGUGGUUGUGAACGUUUGGUGGAACUAUGGUUUUGGGAAAGUCCUGUGCAGCCUAAUAAUGCUUCACACUGUGUUAGUUAUUAAGUUAUUAAUAUGGUACUUCUGUAAUUCCAGCUUUAGUUUUUGGAUGCACCUGCAUCACAACUUAAUCAUUCAAUCUAUGUAAGUUGCUAACUAAGUUAGUAGCAAUGCUUUUGGGAAAAGCGCCCUGGAUCAGGACAUUUCUGAACAGAACACAGUGUUUUAGAGCAGUAAAAUGAGGGAAAUCCUCCUAGCAUUUGUGUUUGUUUGUGUUUGAGAAGUUUGAGUCAGUGUGCUCUGGGUUUUAAAGUCUUACCCCCCCAUCUGAAUGCAUUCUGUAGAGGAACUGCAUAUUAGAACCGUUUUUGCUGCAAGUUAUAUUCAGACUGUUAAUGAUUUAGAUUAUGAGAUAAGAUUAUGAGACAAAGCUACAGAAUGCUGUAAUUUACUUGUUUGUGUGUAUUUUUCAGAGAUUUAUUAUAUUAUAUAAUUUUUGUGUAAGCCUUCCCUUCCAUGCUGAAUUUAGGUUUGUAUACCUUAGAUUAGUAUAUUAGGACAAAUUAAUUUAAAAGUUAAGAAGGUGGAUUUAUACUGUAAGUUAAUAUUAGGUGACAUGUUCCUCAUCUGCAGUCACUACAUUAAAGAGCCUUGGAACGUAUAGAGGCCUGUAGGAUUUUAUUGAAAUUGUUUAUGCAAUAUGGAGUGAAGAUAAGACUAUCAUAUGAUAGGAGUAUAUGAUCUAUUUUAUACUGUUGACUGACUGUUUAAAAUUUGAAGUGUGAUCCUUAUCAAGUAUGUUUGUUGUAUAAAAAAUUGUAUUGGCUUCAUUGUAUGGGUAAAUUGUCUGCAAAUUAAAUUAAGGUCGAUACAA